CCAAUUAGACCGAUGUCUCACGUCAAAGUCUGCACUUUCCUACCGCCGUGUGGCGCUGCAGUCGCACUUUCACUUGCGACUAUAAUCUUUCACACCAUUCUGUGCAUUUUGCUCAGUUAUUCGAUCCUUGACUUGAUCUCACCGCAUUCGAGAAUCAAUGCCGGAAGACAUACAAAUUCGACGAACUCCUCAGCUCCCGUGGUUGGAAAUUUGACUGGUCCUGGCCCGGCUUCGAACACUACUACACCGGUCGCAUCCACCACGACUACGAAUGCGAAUUAUUCGACCCCAUCAUCCUUGACCUUGGAAAACGCACGCACCAAUGCGCCGCCCACUCCGAGCCCCGACCCUGAGGCGCCGUCACCAGACGCCAACAACUCCUCUCCUUAGCUGCCUGUUUCUUGUACCACUUACCACAGUAGCAUCAAUUUUUUGUCUUCUCUCCGACACAUCCCAAAACAAAGUACAGGGGGCCCUGUCUCUCUGCGAGCAAGUCGAAUCUGUCGGAUUUCGAACCUCGAAAAUCUCGUUGAGGUUUUGAACGACCCCUCAAUAACAGCUGGCUCUUCUCACUUUUCAUCUACUGUCCUCUAUCCUUAAUGUUUGAUUGUUCGCCUUAGUCCCUCCCCCUUUUUUUUAUCUUUCACAGCCAUGUGUUAUUUCCCUAUCUUUUAUUCUUAUCCCUUUAUUCUAUUUUUAGCUGUGUCUCAUUUUUUUUUAUAUCUUUAAGCUUCAUGCUUGAGAUAGUUUCGAGAUUGAAUGUUUUAUUCUUUUCAUCUUGAGAACCUCGCCAAGCUCCCUCCUCCCUUCACAAAAGCUUAGCACAUAAUCUUUCCAGCCUUAUAAUUUGUCGCAUUUCAUAAACAGUGGUCGUAUGAGCAACCAGUAAGAAAAAAAGAAAACAGGGACUGACGUUUUACCUCUAAUUCCAUUCCAGUAAUGUAUAUCUUUAUAUCUUGAAAAAGAAGCCUUCGACGCA